ACGAUCGGAGGAGCAUAGCAAAGGGAGCGAGCUGAGCACACGAACACGCACGGCGCAUCUAUCUCGUGUUCAGUAGCUUGCAGCUAGCAAUAGCAUGGCGAGCGGGGGCCUCAAGACGAUGGCCUCGGGCCUCCUGUUCCUGAACCUCAUCAUGUACGUCGUCGUCGCCGUCAUCGCCGGCUGGGCCGUCAACUACAGCAUCGAAGACAGCGCCCACUCACUGAGGGGCGCGUCGCCGCCGGUGCGCCUGUUCCCGAUCUACUUCCCGAUGGGCAACCUGGCGACGGGGUUCUUCGUCAUCUUCGCGCUCCUGGCCGGCGCGGUCGGCAUCUCCACCUCGCUCACAGGCCUGCGCGACGUCACCGAGGGCUACCCCGCCAGCAUGAUGUCCGCCGCCGCCUCCGCCCUCGUCACCUGGACCCUCACCCUCCUCGCCAUGGGACUGGCGUGCAAGGAGAUCAGCAUCGGCUGGAGGCCCCCGAGCCUGCGCGCGCUGGAGACGUUCACGAUCAUCCUGGCGGGGACGCAGCUGCUCUGCGUCGGGUCGCUGCACGCCGGGGCGAACGCGGCCAUCGUUCAGACGCCUAUGGGAAUCAGAGCGAGGGUCUGAUCGGUCGACGCGGGCAGGCCGUCGAUGGAGUGUGGUCUAUUUGAAGGUGCAGCAUCAUCUUGACAAGGAUUAUUGGUUUGCGAGUGCGUGCGUGAGUGCGUGUGUGCGUGUGAUGUGAAUAUAUGCGGAUUAUAUG